GUGUGUGUAUUUUAAAAUGAUUGAAAAGAAAAGUGAAUACUUUAUUUCUUUACAUAAAUUGUUAAAAGCUCUAAACGUUUUUUGUUAGCUGAAAAUAUAACAAAAUUUGGAAACUAAGAAAUAGUAGAAGUUCUAUUAUUGUGGCCGCAUAAAAAGUCAAAUACAUUUGGUGGUUAUGCCCGGAAAUUAAUCUAGGCUUUUCCGUUUAAAUAGCCUCAAUUCACUGGGAACUUAUGGCAAAGCAAGACUUCCGCUUGCUAAUACACUUGAAGGCAAGGUAAAAAUACCUACAGUGUGGAAUGCUAAGUAAAGCUACAGUAAUACAGUAAUACAAAGAACCGCUUGUGGGUAUUGUGCAGCCGAAAGAUUGUUAAUCAAAUAUAUUUUGUAUAUAUUUAAGAGAAUUGCAGCACAAACAAAUGGUUUAAAUCUACUUUCUUCUGACCAGUCGCUCCCGUCAUACGGAUAAUAGCGUGUGAGAAUCUGCAAUCUCCUUUAAGAAUAUAAACAAGAAUACAAAUCUACUUACACACAUCAAUAUGGCUCGCGUAACGCUCGCAACAACAACAACGCACACCAACUCCAUAAUCUUUACAGCGCUGUUAAUCGCUUUUCUACAGCUCGCCGUUUUCACUACGCCAAGCGUCGCGUCCAUCGCUACGCUCGCACCCGCACAUGCGGCCCAACUCUCGAGUAGUAUUCCUCAAACCGAAACGAAUGCCAAUACGAUUGCAUCGUCGGCAGCGCAUGAGCAUGGCGUAUCCACAACUAGUACGCCACUGCAGGCCCCUGCCGUGUCCACCAGUGAACCCGUGAUCGGCGCUGAAACUGCUUUGGAAUCGGUUAGCACAACUGCACCGGCCACAAGCACCAUGGCAAGCACUACAACAACUACCGCUACAAUUGCGCCCGAACACGACAUCAUCGGCUCGCCGGGUCCGGAUAAGCGUGAGCAGGACGCUAUAUUGAAGGCGCUCGAUUGGUUGAAGGAGAAACGUGCUGCCGAUUAUGGUUGGGGCAAUGACACGCAUGUCGUUAUUUUGGCUAAAGAGUUGUCCGGUGCACGCGAUCCCACUGAUGCCGAUGGCCAUCUACAGAUCAUACAGGAGCUGGAGGACACUUUGUCUGUAAAGGAGAUGGAAAUCGAAAUAUUAGCUAUGCUGGAUCGUCAUCACACGUUGCCGAAACCAUUAAAUCUGGAGAAACUGGCGCGUUAUGUGCUUGCGCUCGGUUCGCUGUGCAAGGAUCCGAAACAUUUUCAUGGACACGAUUUAGUCGCCACGCUGCAGCAUCAUGAACCGGCGCAAGAUAAUGAGUUCGCUUUGGCCACGCUGUCGGCGUGUAGUGCGGCUGCGCAUGUGCGCAAGCGCCAAAUACGCCGACUGCUGGAUAUUGCGAGCGGCGUAACGGAUCAGGGUGUGGACACCAUUGCCAUGGUUAUAUUGGCGCUGCGCUGCAUUGUGACCGAUCAUCGGCAUCGCCAUCUACAGCACUUUGUACGACGGCCUGCCAGAGGAUUGGCCAGUUUGCAGGAUCCACGCGGCAGUUUCGGUUCGUUACGCAGCACUGCAUUGGCCAUGCAGGCGCUGCAAGAUCUCGAACACGAUCCGGCCGGCUCGUGGAACCGUACUGCCGCAUCGAAGUGGAUAUUGAGUCGGCAGCGCGAAGAUGGCGGUUGGACUGAGGAGCCAUUGCACGACGGACAGGAUCCUGGCAUCGGUGUGGGUCUGACCGCGGACAUUAUAUUGGCGUUGGGUUGGAAGGGUUUGGGUGCGGUGCGUGCACUACAAUGCGAUCAUGUGAUACGUGAGAACAGCGACCAAGCUUCAGAAAAUGGCGAACCAAAACUAGCUGUACCCUAUGGACUUACAUCAUCGGCCGAGGAAUCGGACUCGCGGAAUGUCUCCUACACGUACACACUGUGGGUGGGCUCGAAUGUGACGGAAUCGUACUCGCUCUCACUGGUCUCACCAAAGAACACCAGUUUCUUCAAGGCCAUGACACAGGCUGCCGAUUUGGAUCAGCGAUUUGCUUUUGAAGCGCGCGAAUGGCCUAAUGGACACUAUGUACACACACUAGCAGGCAAGAAGGAGGAACCCAGGGGGUACAACUACUGGCUGCUGUAUCGUUUGCCUGAGCUACCCGAUCCUAAUAAUGCACCCGGCAAUCAGCUGAUUGCACCAGUCGGCGUCGAUGAGCUUAUGGUCGAGGAUGGUGAGCACUAUUUAUACUGGUAUAAAAAGCUCUAAGCACUCUAAGCGUAUCAAAUAAACAGCAAUAGAGGAAGUAAACAUUAAGUGGGGAAGUGGUAUGAGGUGACGUGGAAGAACCAAACCAACUACAUAUACAUAUAUAUAUAUAUAUAUAAAAGUAUGAAUACUAAUAUAUACAUACAUACAAUAUACUGCUAUGAAAUAACAGGAGGCCAUAAAUAAUGAAGUAAAUGCGAAUACAAAUAUACACAACCAAUAUAUACAUACAUACAACUACAUUAACGGUAAAUACAGUAUAAGAGAACGAUAAAAAAUAAAUAAAAUUAGAAAAAGAAAAAUAAAAGGAAAAAACUAAAAGAAAAAUAAAAAGAAAUAAAAUAAAGAAAAAACAACAAAAAGCGAAUUAAUCAAACCAAAAGUUCCGCGCUUUAGCCAAGGCAAAUGCAAAAUUACAAAAAUAAAAAAUAAAAUUUAAAAAAAUACAUAAAUAUUUUUCGAAAUGUGAAAUUAAUAUAAAUACUAAGAAAAUGCUAAUUAAAGUUGCAUAAAUAUAAGAAGAAAGAAGAAGAAGAAGAGUAUUGACAUAAAAAAAAAUAAAAAUAAAAAGAAAUAAAUAAAACAACAGAGACAAAGAAAUGCUAUUAAUAAUGCUAAAAAAGCGAAAUAUUGAUAAACGUGAUAAGGCAUGUGCAGGAUAACAAUAAGAAGCAGGUGAACAAAGGUCACCAAUACAAGCACACACAGACACAUUCAUUAUACAGACAGACAGUUUGCCAAAAGCAAACACAUAUACAUACAAAGAAUCAUGCAGA